AAUAGAUGUAUUAAUGCGCGGAAAUACAAAGUAAGAUGGCGCAUUGACAUCAUAAAAUGUAAACAAUCUGAUCUCACAACACAACCCUGAAAUCAAGCAAAAUCGCACACAGGUUAAAAAACAACCUUGUUGAUACAAUCCAACAAGAUUGAUAAUAAAUUAUGGGGGAUUUACUUGACUCGGGAAAUACAGCUAAACCUCAAGAACAGCCUUCAAUUAUUCUGAGAGAUGUUUCUUUUCCAUCAAAGCAAGAAAGAAUUCAAUUAUUCAAGGAAACUGAAGCUCUGGUAAAGAAAUAUCACGACUACCAAGAAGUUUUGUCCAUGCAAAAGAAGUUAAACCUAAAUGAAACUAACGUUGUCUUGCUGGAAACAUUGCGUGAUUUCAAGAAACCACCAAAACGUAAAAGUGUUACUGAAAGUCCGCACAGAACGAAACAAUCACCAGUAAGAAGUUCUCCGAAGCAACCUCUUGUAGCAAAAAGUGAACGGAUUUCAAAAUCGAUGGUAGUAACACCAAGGGUGUACACACCGGUUCGACGUCGCAGAAGUACUAGAAAAAGUGUGAAUUAAGAACAGUACUGUUAGAAUUCGCAAAAUAUAAAAUGAACUUACUAGAGUGAGCAACUUUAAUGCAACUUUAACUCUUAAAGAUCUCAAUUUUUUUAAAAAAUGA